CCAACGGGCCCAAAAACAUAAUCAAAAAGAAAGGGAGUGCCCGAGAGCGCGAGUGUUGCUCCUCCGUCUCCGGCAAACAGACGGAGUACCGCCUGGGCUUGCCUGCCAAGCAAAGAUGUCGGCGCCGAGUUGGCGCUCUAGCGCGCGGUCGCCCGUUUCCUGAUACGCCGUGUGUGUUGUCGUGCGCGUGUGUCCGUGUUGAUCGUGUCCCUCCUGGACGUCCGUGCGGCGGUGUGUUCGUCGGGCAUGGCCGACGUGUUGUGGCGGGACUGUGCCGACUGGCUGGUGCGCUGCCAGGCCCUGCCGCCGGACCACCGCGUCACUUGGGGCACCGCUCAGCUCAUCGACUUGGCCAACACGCUUAGGGACGGGGUGCUGCUCUGCCAGCUCCUCAACAAGCUGCUGCCGGGAUGCGUCGACCUCAAGGAGAUGAGCCUGCGCCCGCAGAUGUCUCAGUUCCUCUGCCUGAAGAACAUCCGGACGUUCCUGCAAACCUGCAAGAAUGUCUUCAACCUCAACAACACGGACCUGUUUGAGCCGCACAUGCUCUUCGAAUACGGAGACUUCAAGCAGGUACUUCACACGCUGUCGGUGUUAUCAAGGUCCCCCAAGGCUGAAGCGUCCGGAGUUAGGGGCUUUGCGGACAAGUCGUCGGCAUCGCACGACUACUACAACGACGAAGCCUUCAACCUCGAGAACGCAGUCAAUCACAACGAUGAUACGAUGGUGGCCUUCGAUUUCCCGGUCACACCACGGCGAACCCGUGAGGAGGACGUUUACGAAGACCUGUGCUACGUCACCCUCCGGGUGAACGAGGUUCCUACAACCCCUGCAGCUCCACUAGAAAAGCGGGACUAUUGCAUUAAAGAGCUCAUAGAAACCGAGAAAAAUUACAUUGAGGCACUCAACAUGAUUACCAGAGAUUUUAUGCGCCCUUUGAAAGAUGUCUUAACACCAGAAGAAAAUGAAGUCAUCUUCAAGCACAUAAAGGAGCUAGCAGACACGCAUGCCGGAUUCCAUGCGGACCUGCACAAGGCGUGCCUGGUUCCUCAGCAGCAGCAAAUGCGCAUCAGCGACUGCUUCCUGCGUUGGAAGGACAAGUUCAUUGUCUAUGGGGAUUACUGCUCCAACCUCCCAAAGGCGCAGGAGCAGAUCGACGAGCUGUGCACUAAGAAACAGCUUGUCAACCAGUGUGUGCUUAAUUGCCAGCAAAAGGCUAAUGAUGGCAAAUUCAAACUAAGGGACCUGCUUUCAGUUCCUAUGCAAAGGGUCUUGAAGUACCACCUAUUACUCAAGGAACUCAUGAAGAACACGACAGAGACGCAUGAGGACUACCACGGUCUAGAGAAGGCGCUGAAGUCUAUGCUGGACCUGGCUCAUUACAUCAACGAAGUGAAAAGGGACAAUGAGACGUUGCAGAUCAUUGCCGACAUACAGGCUAGCAUUACUGAUGUUGAUCUGCCUCAGAACAUGGAGCUGAAGGACUAUGGCAGAUUAUUAAAGGACGGGGAGCUGAAGAUAAAGUCUCACGAUGACAAUAACAAAAUAAAAAAUAGGUAUAUCUUCAUUUUCGACCGGAUGAUGCUCAUGUGCAAGUCUACAAAAGGAGAGCAGUACAUCUACAAGUCCUCCCUUGCCCUCUGCGACUACAGACUCGAAAAUGCCCCUGUCAACUCGAGGAUGGCGACUCGUUAUUACUGGUUCUUGGUACAUAUUGAAAAAAAGACGGCCUACACGAUGUAUGCCAAGACAGAAGAGAUGAAGAAGAAGUGGAUUGAGGCCAUUGAAAAAGCAAUGGACAACAUCAAUCCUUCCAUCGCCAAGGACACGGACCACCAGUUUGCAAUGCAUACAUUCAAGGUCCCAACAUACUGUUCUGACUGCAACAAGCUCUUGCCAGGAAUUUUCUACCAGGGUUACAUAUGCUCAGUGUGCGGCACGGGAGUGCACAAGACCUGCCUGGCAACCGUGCGGUCGUGCGGAGCUCCCAGCUUGCCUCCUCGGCCCGGCUCCCACAUGGGGUCACAGUCGUCCACGGAUGAACCGCAAACGCCCCUGAGGUUGUACCCGGACCCCGGCACCAACGGAAUCCGUUUCUCCAUCUCCAUUGCAAAGGCCAAGCAGUCGUAUAACAGCUCUGGCCCGGGCUACCUGUCGUUUGCAGCAGAUGACAUCAUUGAGGUCUUGAGGAGGAUAAGCAGCACUAUUUGGGAGGGCCGGUUGCAAAGGACAUCGGAGGAAGGUCUGUUUCCAGCAUCAUGCGUCGAAGAGUUGGACAAGCGGGGCUCGUACGAGUGCCCAGCGCCCCUCGGGAGGGGCCACGCACCCCUCUUCCCGGUCCCGCACACCCCUCCGCCGCUUCCCUCGAACCGCGACGGCUAUGUCAACCUGAACCUGGAGGAGUACCCCUGGUUCGCCGGCACGAUGGAGAGGGACGGCGCCACGGCCGUCCUCGAGAAGUCUCCCAGUGGCACCUUCCUCCUGCGCAUCAGCACCAAGCAGAACGGUGGCUACGCCAUCAGCAUCAAUUUUGACAGCCAGGUGAAGCACAUGAGGGUAUGCUACGACGACGGCCAGUUCUACCUCUCCGAGUCCAAAAUGUUUAGGAGCAUAGUGGAACUGGUGUCCUGGUACGAAACCCACAGCCUCUCCGAAAGCUUCAAGGGCCUCGAAAUCUCUCUUCUCAUUCCGUUCAAGAACGUCGUCCCGUCUCCGAUCACAAACGGGACGUCCAUGCUGUGCUUGUCCCCGACGGAGCCCCUGGGGCGUGCGGUGGCCCUGCACAACUUCCAGCCAACAGCGGACAGCAUGCUGGGGCUGAUCAAAGGGGAUGUUGUAACGGUGCUCAGCAAGGCAGGCCAGGAGAAGGGCUGGUGGAAGGGCCAGAUACAAGAGAGGGUGGGCUACUUCCCCUGGCAGUAUGUGCAGGAACUUCCAUCUGCUGGUGCCGAGUGCUAACCUCACCUCCAAUCAUCGUCUUAAUAGUGUGCCAUCGUGAACUUGCGUUCGGGCUUGCCAGCUGCAAUGUGCAAGAAGCAAUAUGUGUGCUUGCGUGCCAUUUUUGGGAGAGACAACAUCUAUGCGUGAGGGAAUUCAGCCCAUUUUAAUUAAGCUUUUAUGUUUCUUAUUUUUUUGGCAAGACUUUUUGUUAGAGCUAUCAACAGUUCUCACAUAUUUGCCCUCGGUGAGUUUCGAUUCACCACUUUUAUUAAUUUAAUUUCCGACAGAGAUGCGUUGUUGUUGGUUGAUGUGGUUUUAAGCGAGGACUUUUGAGUAACUUGGGCAGUUUGUAAAGUGUGAAUUUGUGCAAUUGGUGCUCUGUUGGUUGAUGAGGCUGGCACCAAACAGUUGGUACCUGCAGUUUGGGUAUGCAUUACCUGUUAUCUUGUAUGUGGGAAUGAAUAUUCUCUUGUUCACAUGUUUCGAAGGCUAUGUGUGAAACUGUGCAUUGUGUUCCAGUUUUUUAAACUCUCAUGAUGAAGCAUCUUCUAAUCAUUGACUCAAUUUCUGAUGGAUGAUUUCAAGGCUACAUACUUUAUUUGCUCUAAUAGCAGCUGCACUGUUUAUGAGCAAGACUUGCCCACCCUGAAAUUGAUUGUAGUGAGAAAUGCAAUAUCUGCUGGUUUAAGGGCAUGUGAAAUGUCAUGCUCAAGGUGGAAGUGCAGACUACAUUCUUUACCAGACUCCUUUAGUAGAUUGCAGCGACUCGCCAUCUGUGUGCUCUGUAAAACUAGGUUUGCGAGCCUUGCUCACAAACAGUGUGACUUUUUGUUAUUUAGGUGAACAUGGUAUCUCAUAGUGCGCUCGAACUUAAACAAACACACAUUAUGAUUUGUAAUGACAGCCCAUAGGAAACCACAAUUAUUGCUUGUAGGCACUUUUCAGUCAAUGCUUCAUUGCAUUCAUGAGGGCUGUUAACUGUACAAUGCAACAACAAUGGUGUAGUAAUUAUUACUUCUGACUUUCAGGGAACAUGUGAAUGUUGCAAGCAUGCUUUAGAUAUUAUACUGAAUGUUUGUUUCUGCAUCUUCAAAUCGUGAACUGAGUUAGUCCACUAUUAUUGCUAAUAGUAAGCUUGCACCUUAGUGUAGUGGUGAACAUUGUCACUUGUCCAUGAUGCAGCGCUUGCUAAUUUUCACUAGCAGCCACAGUCAAGAGCUACUGGCCAGGAUUCUCGUGAACAAAUUCAGGUGGGAAAUUCUCGCCAGCACAACGAAUGUUGCCUUAGGAUUUACUUGGCAAUGCGGUGCCUCUCCUCACUCUCUUUGAACAAAGUUAGUCUCAUGCCAAAGAUGCUGCUUCAUUAAAGUUACUGAUUCACUUCGUCAAUGAAGGUGCCACAUGUAAUCACAUCAGCAUAAUUCAGCACGCUUCUUAACAUUAUGUAAGUACCCUAAUUUGCUGGUGUUUGUUAUCACCUCAGCAUGUCUGUCCUAGUCAUGACCUACAUUAAGUGUAUGUAUCCCUUUUGCACUUUUUUGACUUUGCUGCAUGGCUCUAGAAUAGAUUCCUGCCUGUUUGCACAUUUAAGAUAGAUGUCAGUGGUGGAGUCGUCUCAUGUCCACAUUUUUGUUAAUUAAAUGAUUUGUCACAGCUCUGGCUUCGCUGUACAUGGUGCUUAACUCAGAGAAGACCAAAUGAAGAGUUGACUUUUUUUCCUCCUGCAUUUAAUUUUCAUAAAUCAAAGUAUUUUGUCAGAACUUGGCCAACUUCUGAAGAUGACCAAUGUGUCGCAUCUUUGUCGAAAUGGCAAGUGCAGCAGGACCCAACAGGGUCUUUUCUGGUUUACGAGAACUGCCCUACUUUGGUGGCCAAUUUGUUUCUUUUUUAAUCAAUUUCUCUGGAAAGAGGCAGUCUUUGAAAUUGUACUAGUACUUUCUCUGCACAAAUCUAAUGUCGAUUUUAUACGAAAAAAAAACCUGCAUGGAAACUUCCUUGCACAGCAUGCCAAGAGCCAUUCAUUGUGGUUUACAGAAAGAGAACAGCGAAUGACGUGGCAGCAGUGACAAAAGGGCUUGUAAAUGCUAUCUGCACAAGAGUUCUAAGCCUGUGCACAUUGGGCUAAAUAUUCCAACAUGGGUCAUUUUCUUUUGCUCAAACAUUAUCUCUGCAUUGCUGUUUUCUGGGCUCUUCCAUAAUCCUCAAGGAUUCGGUUCCACAUGCUUUGCGGGAAAGUAGACCUCGCUCAUGGGAAGGCCAAAUUAGGUUCAAAUAAAUGUUGUGCGAUACAAAGUUUCUGUGAAGUUUAGUUUGCUUGGCAAUGACGUAACUACAAUAGGCUAAUUAGAUGAAGUAUAUAUUUCAUUACCAUUACACAUCAAACAUAAAAUGACAAAAAGAAUACAACAAAGCCUAUCCCCAAGGAGCAGCUGCAUUGAGUCUAAUUUUAAGAAGCCUCAUUGUAGCUAGGUAAACUUGUGGAUGCCAUAGUCUUUCCACCGUUACGUUUGUAGGGCAGUGGCUGUAUGCAAGAAAUGCACACACUCAUCUUCAUUUACUUCUCGCUGCAAUGUUUGGUCAGGGCGAGCUUUCACGAGGGCAAACUCAAGUGUAAGCACACUGUUUCCCUAGACGUCUUCAUCUGACUCAACUCAUUUGAAUGACGGUAGCGUCAAGAUUCUCCAAUAGCGAUUGCUACAGCUGCUUCUCACUAGAAAAUGCGGCACGCUAGACACCCUCGCUUGCGUCCUCAGAGCAUGGGCAUGUGUUUUAUCACGUACCUGAUCUACUCUCUCUGCCGUAAACAUGGCUUUUCUGGCGGAACAAUCUGUGUCCGGCCGCAUGAUGUUUGCAUGCUCUGGUCUGGUGCUCUCCUCUCUCCGGGUUCUCUCGGACAUGUCUCGUGUGAUGCGUGGACCACCACUGUUUUGCAUUGCCGAGGGAUGCGCCACUUGUCAAUCCCUUCCUCAUUCUGCGUAGCUUUAGCUGCUUCAUCGUUCAUCUGCUCUGUCCCACCCUAGCGUGCGUCUCGUGAUUCUGCCAUUGCCCGACAUACCACACUUUUAAUGGGGAUGGUGCAGGCCAAGAUCUUUCCAGCAAACUUUGCUCCGUUAAAGUACCUGUCAAAAAAAAAAAAGGCCUUAGCUGUCCAAAGUAUUUCCUUUCUUCACCAUUCAAGCAUUGCUUGAUCUGGACUUCUGUGCAUCAUAAACAUAUAUGCCCUAUGACGUUCUCUUAGAAGACUCUUAACAGCCCUCAAAUAAAUACUUAAACUUGGAAAGAUAAACCCUCUGGUCUUUUUGCAGUUAUGUUGUGGCUACACUUCGUUCAUUGCUAAGCUGAAAGGACAGUGGAAGCUUUGUGCUCACGAGACCAAUCGGUCGCCUGUUUUUCAUCAUCCGUCAUGCUCGCUGCGCUCGAGUACGUGCAGACAGCAUGAUCACGUGGUGCAACACUGACCGCCGACCACUGCCCUAUCAGCGUAGUGGUGAAGGGAGUUUAGCUACCUAAUGUUAGCAUUUAGCUCGUCAUUGCAAAAUGAUACGAUUCCAAUUUUGUGAGGUUUUCAGAAUAAUCGCUCGGGAAUGGUCCCUUCCCCACAACGGCAAUGAUGGAGGAGAACGGUGGCUAAUAAAGGCUGCAAGGGUUUGCCAAACAAGCUAUAUACUGUCUUGUAGCAACUUCUUUCGUGAGUGUUGCAAACACACUCCUCUUAUUGCUGCAGCCGGCAAAAAUGUGGAAAGCUGCCACCACCUUUGUGAAUCCUGUACCGUUUUACCUGUGCCCCAAUUCCAAAGUUUGGUCGGCCUGUCCCUGCAUCAUGAUUGCAGUGAUUGUGCAAUGCACGCCAAGUAGACAUUGUGCAUUAUUGAUAGGACCACUUUCAAUCUAUAUUCUAUCAGCUGCCUCUUCCUCGGAAGUGAAAGGCAGUGACGACGUAUGGCCCUCUUUGUACAUAGGAAACAUGUGGUGUUAGUGUUUGUUGGAACUGAUUGUUCUCAGUUUUCUUUUUCUGUGAGAAAAUGACACGAGUCAAGUUAAAUAUGCCAUAAUGAAACAUUCUCUAAUCGUAGCAAGCUCAGUUUGUAAAAAGGAAACUAUAUAUAUAAAUAUAUAUUAUAUACACUUUGAUGUGUGGAAAGUAAUAUCAGAACUGCCAGAGCAGUUUGUCAUAGAUGUCAUUUGUUUGUGCUUGUGCUUAGCUAAGCUCUCAUAUUUGUACAUCUCUCCAGUGAUCUAUUUUGUUAUGUUUUUCUUCACCUCUAAGGGAACAAGAUGUAGGCUGUUGUGUUUAAAAAUUGUGGCCCAUGCAAGCUACUGCUUUGAAUUGAAAUCUAAUCUACGGUGAAGUUUUAAAGGAUGUGUUAGUAGUUGCAAAUUUUGUGUGCGUUCUGCAUGUUCAGUUUGACAUUGCCGUUCUAUUGAGGUCUGUGCAGUCUCCAUUUAUUGCUUCGUCUUUAACCUGAUGUUGGUCGAACAGCUUACCUCUCCCCACUGUUUGUGAUGUCUUGAGGUGAACCGAAGACACACUUUUAGGUAGACCUUAUGCGAACAAUGACACGGAAGAAGAGUUCUAUUUUCGUGACUGAAAGAACAAUCAAUGACGGAAACGCAACGAGAACUAUGAGUAGCCACUUGCAGCAGUUUUAUUAGAGACUGAAAGCCAUCUACUAAGCCAACUCUUGGCAGCGUUAAUUGUCAAUGUUGUGAUAACCAUUGCUUCCAGAGGAACAAAUUAUUUGAGUGCAUUGAGGCGAGCAGCACACAACACUAACCCAGUACUACGACCACACACAAACAGAAUCACACAAUUAUAUAUAUUCUUGGAACUAGAUUUGUAUCAGCAGAUUCCUUAUAGACUACUUGUGUGUAACAUAUAAAUAGGCACAGAUAAGGUGAAAAGAGUGUCCCGAAUUUUAGAGAUAUACCCGUUAUCAAAUGCAGGAUCUGGCUUAUCAUGUCACCUGGACUAGAGUGAUGGGCCGACACUUAUUGGUUAUGCACCAAUGAGGGCAGCAUAUACAAAAUUACUGUCUUUCUUUUUAAACUUCUGAGUAAUGUCGCUGUGCCAAAUAUUAACCCGGAUCUUCGUGCCAACACAAACUUCAUACAAAAUGUACACUGUUGCGAGUGAGUUAAACACAAAGUUUGUGAUCUUCGAUGUGGGUGUUGUUUCUCCUUCUCAGAUUUUAAAUUGAGGAAUCUCUGUUUCACUUGAACAUGUGUAUGCUCCCCAUGUGCAUCCUUUUCGUGACAAUAGUAGUCUUGUUAAAAGAAAGAUUACAUUCUGAAUUCACCCACAAAAUGCAACACCUAGACAUGGAGCACUGUGACCUAUCUAGCACCUACCUCAUAGUUGACAGGUUAAGAAAGCAGUAAAAGCUCCACCCCCGGCAUACGCUCAUUCCUUCGGUCUUGCUUCAGCCUGUGAGAUGCCGAAGUCUUAUCGAAGGUGGAAAGCUGAAAGCUUGCACUGGAGGUGGAGCUUCUACUGAUUUCUUAAGCCUUAAUUGGCUAGAGUUACUGUACCAUACUCUCAUUUCAUGCCCCAAGCUAGUAUGUGUACGAACCAAAAUAUUGAAACCUGUCGUAUUGAACGAACGUGUCGGCAAGCGCCGUUCUGAGUACCCGAGCUAUUUGUUUUGAUCUGUUGCUGCUUGAUUGCACAAAGUAUAAAGCUUUGCUACCUUCUAUGCAUGCUGAAUCCAGGCUUGAAAAUGCAGUCCAGUUGUGACCAGUAAAAGCAACUAUGAGAGAUAUGACAAUGAACGGUAUAUCCUAUCGCUCUCGUUUGAAUGGGAUCUCGGAAUGUCAAUCUUCUUUUCAAACAUCCGUUACAGGCAGUCGUCUAGUUGGUGUCUGACCACAUGUCUGUAAAGUGCACCCACCUCCCCGAUCCUACAUAGUGCUAUAUAUAUAUGCCCCGAUACUUUCACUGUGCAUAAAUUUGUGUGUGUAUAAAAGCAGAGCAUCUCUAUCCAUCUGUUGUGAGAAUGUGUAAAAUAAUGAUGGGUCUCGGGUUGCCCGAAGCAAUGUAGAUACUGCCGCGCUGUUCUUUUGCAAUUUAGUUCUAAGAGUGUUUCGGUGCUUGUUUUUACACAUCCGGCGUAAUGUGGGAAUGGAUGCACAUUUGAUUGUUGCAUUGAUUGUUUUUGUUGCUAUAAUAAAAUCAUUUUCUGUA